AUGCCACGGAAUAGUUCUGACGUGGCUGUGACCAACGACAACAAAUAUAUCUGCCCCAAAAAUGUCUGUAACGUGAAGCCUAAUAACGUGCUGUUAUCAGACCCUUACGAGCUAUCAGACGACACGCUGCACUCCUCUCUGUGGACAGGCAUCAUGUUGUUCCAACAAGAGAGCAGCGUUGACGACCUUUCUGGCAGCAGCGUUGACGACCUUUCUGGCAGCAGCGUUGACGACCUUUCUGGCAGCAGCGUUGACGACCUUUCUGGCAGCAGCGUUGACGACCUUUCUGGCAGCAGCGUUGACGACCUUUCUGGCAGUAGCGUUGACGACCUUUCUGGCAGCAGCGUUGACGACCUUUCUGGCAGCAGCGUUGACGACCUUUCUGGCAGUAGCGUUGACGACAUUUCUGGCAGCAGCGUUGACGACCUUUCUGGCAGUAGCGUUGACGACCUUUCUGGCAGCAGCGUUGACGACCUUUCUGGCAGCAGCGUUGACGACCUUUCUGGCAGUAGCGUUGACGACCUUUCUGGCAGCAGCGUUGACGACCUUUCUGGCAGCAGCGUUGACGACCUUUCUGGCAGCAGCGUUGACGACCUUUCUGGCAGCAGCGUUGACGACCUUUCUGGCAGUAGCGUUGACGACCUUUCUGGCAGUAGCGUUGACGACCUUUCUGGCAGUAGCGUUGACGACCUUUCUGGCAGUAGCGUUGACGACCUUUCUGGCAGUAGCGUUGACGACCUUUCUGGCAGCAGCGUUGACGACCUUUCUGGGAGCAGCAGCGUUGACGACCUUUCUGGCAGCAGCGUUGACGACCUUUCUGGCAGCAGCGUUGACGACCUUUCUGGCAAUAGCGUUGACGACCUUUCUGGCAGUAGCGUUGACGACCUUUCUGGCAGUAGCGUUGACGACCUUUCUGGCAGCAGCAUUGACGACCUUUCAGGCAGCAGCGUUGACGACCUUUUUGGCAGCAGCGUUGACGACCUUUCUGGCAGUAGCGUUGACGACCUUUCUGGCAGCAGCGUUGACGACCUUUCUGGCAGCAGCGUUGACGACCUUUCUGGCAGCAGCAUUGGCGACCUUUCUGGCAGCAGCGUUGACGACCUUUCUGGCAGCAGCGUUGACGACCUUUCUGGUAGCAGCGUUGACGACCUUUCUGGCAGCAGCGUUGACGACCUUUUUGGCAGCAGCAUUGACGACCUUUUUGGCAGUAGCGUUGACGACCUUUCUGGCAGCAGCGUUGACGACCUUUCUGGCAGCAGCGUUGACGACCUUUCUGGCAGCAGCGUUGACGACCUUUCUGGCAGCAGCGCUGACGACCUUUCUGGCAGCAGCGUUGACGACCUUUCUGGCAGCAGCGUUGACGACCUGUCUGGCAGUAGCGUUGACGACCUUUCUGGCAGUAGCGUUAACGACCUUUCUGGCAGUAGCGUUGACGACCUUUCUGGCAGCAGCGUUGACGACCUUUCUGGCAGCAGCGUUGACGACCUUUCUGGCAGCAGCGUUGACGACCUUUCUGGCAGUAGCGUUGACGACCUUUCUGGCAGCAGCGUUGACGACCUUUCUGGCAGUAGCGUUGACGACCUUUCUGACAGCAGCGUUGACGACCUUUCUGGCAGCAGCGUUGACGACCUUUCUGGCAGCAGCGUUGACGACCUUUCUGGCAGUAGCGUUGACGACCUUUCUGGCAGCAGCGUUGACGACCUUUCUGGCAGCAGCGUUGACGACCUUUCUGGCAGCAGCGUUGACGACCUUUCUGGCAGCAGCGUUGACGACCUUUCUGGCAGCAGCGUUGACGACCUUUCUGGCAGCAGCGUUGACGGAUUUUCUGGUAGCAGCGUUGACGACCUUUCUGGCAGUAGCGUUGCCGACCUUUCUGGCAGUAGCGUUGACGACCUUUCUGGCAGUAGCGUUGACGACCUUUCUGGCAGCAGCGUUGACGACCUUUCUGAGAGCAGCGUUGACGACCUUUCUGACAGCAGCGCUGACGACCUUUCUGGCAGUAGCGUUGACGACCUUUCUGGCAGCAGCGUUGACGACCUUUUUGGUAGCAGCGUUGACGACCUUUCUGGCAGUAGCGUUGACGACCUUUCUGGCAGUAGCGUUGACGACCUUUUUGGCAGCAGCGUUGACGACCUUUCUGGCAGCAGCGUUGACGACCUUUUUGGCAGCAGCGUUGACGACCUUUUUGGCAGCAGCGUUGACGACCUUUCUGGCAGCAGCGUUGACGACCUUUUUGGCAGCAGCGUUGACGACCUUUUUGGCAGUAGCGUUGACGACCUUUCUGGCAGCAGCGUUGACGACCUUUUUGGCAGCAGCGUUGACGACCUUUUUGGCAGUAGCGUUGACGACCUUUCUGGCAGUAGCGUUGACGACCUUGUUUCAUCCUCUCCUUGUCGUUCUGCUAGCUAUGAUGAACUCAUAGCUAGCUAUGAUGAACCCAUAGCAAGCUAUGAUGAACCCAUAGCUAGCUAUGAUGAACCCAUAGCUAGCUAUGAUGAACCCACAGAUAGCUAUAAUGAACCCAUAGCUAGCUAUGAUGAACCCAUAGCUAGCUAUGAUGAACCCAUAGCUAGCUAUGAUGAGCUCAUAGCUAGCUAUGAUGAACUCAUAGCUGGCUAUGAUGAACCCACAGCUAGCUAUGAUGAACUCAUAGAUAACUAUGAUGAACUAUACUCUGUUAUCCUUCAUAUAGUUUAG